CGCAAUGGCGGCGCUGGCAGUCUUCUGUUGGCUUUUGCUGGCAGGUUAUGGUUUGAGAGGAGCAGAGGCUCAAACUUGCCCGUGUGCUGGAUGCGGCACUGACACGAUUAGCUGCACCGCCCUUGGACUGACGUCUUUCCCAAACAUCCCGGUCGCCGAUCGACAGCAGGUGGAAUAUCUCUAUAUCAAUCUGAACGGUCUUACGUCGCUUUCCGUUGAUGACUUUGCGAACUUCACCUCAUUGAAAGAACUGUAUAUUUCUUCAAACAAUAUACAGGCUAUUGAACCAGGGACAUUUUCUCCUGUAACCCAGCUUACGAUAGUUGAGUUUCAAGAUAACCAGCUACAAGAACUUCCUCGGUCUCUUUUCACAAGUGCACCUAACCUUACAUCAAUCUCUCCUCCCAGUCUGAGCAGUGUCGAGAUCGUUGAUCUAACAGAGGAGCAGCUUGUUUGCGAUUGCCCCCAAGAGUGUGUGAAUGGAUUAUACGAUGUAUCUGUGGGUCAGUGUGUCUGUAAUGAUGGCUACACGGGGGGAAACUGCAGUUCUGCCUGUUUGCCAGGGACGUAUGGAGCGGGCUGUCUACAAAACUGUAGUUGUGCGUCAGAGAACGAAGUGUCUCCAUGUGAUCCUACAAAUGGGACCUGCCACUGUCUCCCUGGUUUCGCUGGACCUCAUUGCCAAGGCGAGUGUCCAGAGGGAUAUUUUGGUCAAGAUUGCACAGAGGAAUGUCUUUGCCAGAACGGAGGUCUCUGCCACUCUGUAACUGGUGUCUGUGCCUGUAUGACAGAGUGGAGCGGAGCUUACUGCAACAUUAGUUCAUGUAGUGAUGGAUUGAGAAACAACAAUGAGACUGGUGUCGACUGUGGAGGCAAUAUUUGCCCACCGUGUCCAGCAGAGGAGUGUAGAGACGGCAGUGAUUGCGAAGAAGGACAAGUGUGCCUCGGAGAAUACAUCCAUCCAUCAAACCUUCCUUAUCCAGUCUCAGAUCAACUAACCUACCACUGUGUUGACAAAGAUUUUCCCGGAGAACGAAUUCUUCAAAAAUUCAGAGAUGCUCUGCGGGGUAGGACGGAGGCACUGUCAGAUGUGAGUCCACAAGCCAACCUCUCAGUAGUGGAGUCCAGUGUUCAGAGAGAGAUUGAGACUCAGUUUGAGAUUGAAGAACCAUUGGAAUCCGUGACGAUAUCUACUCUAGAACAAGAGCAAGGUGACCCACUCUAUCAGGCAAGUAUCCAGUGGAAAUUGAAUACUCCAGGAGAUAGUAUGGAGACGGUUGUUCAACAGAUGAUUUUCAACGUCGACAAUGGACUGCUGAAAGGAACAGUACUCAUAAAUAGAGAAGACAAGAAAGUAAUAUUGAACAUUUAAGGAAUGAACACCUGUACAUUUAUACACUUGACAUGAAAGCAAUGUAUAUGCACCAUCAUACUGACACAAUUAAAACACUGAGCAUAAGAGAGAUGGCAUGGAGCAAGUGUUCAGUUCAGUCUACAGUUGAUUCUGAACCUCACGUAGUACUUUCCUCUGUGUGAGAAUGUUACUCUUCCCACUCGUCUUCUUCUUCCGAUCCUUGUGAUCUGGAAGAUUCCAGUCAGCUGCUGCCUGGUCGGUAAAUGGGUCCCCUCUCCUCAAACAUACCAUUUCAGACUAGGUUCCUGAUAGGAAAGUGAGAGAGAGGCACACUUUCUUCUUGGUCU